AAAAGAAAGAAAAGAGAAGGAAAACACUCCCAAACCCUAACCUGCUGUGCCUGGCCUGUCCCCUUCCUAGACGGCGGCUUUGGAGUCGAGGGCGCUGCUAUUUGAGCCUCAAGGUGGCUCCGGCCGCGAGCGGGUAGGGCUUCGGGAUCAAGGUAUUCGUGAUGGCCGACAUCGCGUACAGUUCAUGCUGCGUCAAUGAGGUUGGGGCAUCACGUGUCGUCAACUGCGCGCACACCCGCUUGAACCCAGAAGCUUCCAUGUUCGAAUCAAACUGCGCAGAUCACUCCAAACUUUCCACCAUGGAUUGCCCACCUGCUGCUAAUGUCGGAAUCCACAGGGAUUCCAUGGAGACAAGUUCCAGUGAUAGAUUCGCAGCUCUGAGUAGCAUUGGGGAGGAGUAUAUCUGCAAGGAUAAGCUCCCCCUCCUUCUAAAGAAGAAGCUCGCACCCAUUUGUUACGUUUGGUUUGAACCAUCUCACAUGAUGGACAUAGAGCAGCAGGGGAUUAUGAAGACGAUCUAUGUAAACAAGAUAGUCCAAGCUGGUUGCACUGUUAAAAUAUUGAUGGCAGAUUGGUUUCUGCAGCGACAUUUCAAGAUUGGCACUGACCUGAAUAAAAUACGGAACAUUGGCAACUACAAUAUUGAGAUGUGGAAAGCAACUGGUAUGAACCUUGACAAAGUAGAGGUUGUAUGGUUGUCAGAUGAAUUGAAUCGCCACGCGGUUAAUUACUGGCCACUUGCGGUUGAUGUCUCCAGAAAAUACAGCAUGGAAAAAAUGGCAAGUUAUUGUCGGAACAGGACAUAUGGGCCACAAGGACUACCUGCUGCUGAGAUUUUCUACCCUUGCAUGCAGGUUGCUGCUAUAUUAUGCCAGAAGGCUGACAUAUGGCUCUUCAGCAUGGAUCAGCGAGACAUUGUCAUGCUAGCUAGGGAUUACUCCGAAGAAAUAAAUAGGGAAACCAAACCAGCUAUCAUACUGCAUAGUAUCCUAAUUCAGAUCUGUUAUGUUUUUGUUCUUUGUGUGUUGUCCAGUUUAGUGUUUGGAGCUUUGAUGGUGAUAUUGGAUGCAAUGUAUCCUUAACUUGCAUGAUCAUCUGACGAUGAUAUAUUGGUUACCUAUGUGUAAAUGUAAUGAGUA